AUGCGUGAGGUGUGCAGGUGUGAGAACGGAGGCACUUGUGAUUCUGUGAGCGGCAAAUGCACUUGCCCUCCAGGCGUGUCUGGAGAAUUCUGCGAGGAUGGCUGCCCGGCUGGCUAUUAUGGCGACACCUGCGAGCGGCGCUGCCCCAUGAUGUGCCCCUCGAUGCGCUGCAACCGCGUGUUCGGCUUCUGCGAGUGCGACCCCGGGCGCUUCGGGCCAAAGUGCAACAUGCCGUGCCCGGCCAUGACCUGGGGUGCCAACUGCCGCCACCAAUGCCAGUGCAACGACCAGAGCACUUCCCGCUGCCACCCUGAGAGCGGCGUGUGUGAGUGCCAGCCCGGCUACGUAGGCGUCGACUGCUCCGAGGAGUGCCCCAAGGGCCGCUGGGGAGCUGGCUGCAACCACGAGUGCCAGUGUGCCAGCGGGGCGAGCUGCCACCCCGCGACGGGCGCCUGCCUCAUGGACUGCCCGCCGGGCUUCACGGGCGCCGACUGUCGAGACGCAUGCAACACGGGCCACUACGGUCCGGGUUGCAUGAAGGUGUGCAAGUGCGGAAUGCAGCCGUGCGACCCGGUGUCCGGCGCCUGUCUGUGUCCUGCUGGCACUUACGGCCUCUCCUGCGAGCAACGUAAGUGGCUGCACAUGCCUUGCCCCGAUGGCCUGUGGGGAGAAAGUUGCCUGAAGAAGUGUCAGUGUGAGAACGAAGGGAGCUGCGACAGGGUCAGCGGACAGUGCCAUUGCCGGCCAGGAUUCACGGGACCCACGUGCGAGGCGCAGUGCCCCCCUGGGAGGUUUGGCAAAGACUGCAGUGAGACCUGUACUUGUCUCAACGGGGCUGCCUGUCACCACGUUACGGGGAGAGUUAUUCAUUUCAGUCAUAAUCUCAUCGUCGAAAGAUUAAAAGACUUUAUCAAUACUCCGGUGCGAGUGCGCCUCGGGCUUCACGGGGCAGCGGUGCGGGCAGCCGUGCCCCCUGGGGCGCUUCGGGCCGGACUGCCCUGCCCUGAGGGGAGCUACGGCGCAGGCUGUGCCAUGAACUGCAGUUGUGCCAACGGUGCCAAGUGCGACCACAUAUCCGGGGCCUGCAUGUGCCAGCCAGGCUGGCGCGGCACCUUCUGCUCGCGGCCGUGCCCCGACGGUUUCUGGGGGCAAGACUGCCGCCAUCACUGCGGCUGCAGCGCCGGCGCCGCAUGCGACCCCACCACAGGCGCUUGCGUCUGUCCGCCGGGCAAACAUGGGCAGCACUGCUCUAAAAUGAAUGAGAGAUUUGAUUUCACCGCCGACUGCUCUCUGUGCCCUUAG